UCAACGCCGCCAUUGAUCACAACUCCACUUACCUUUCGACGAAGACAUCCGACAACGCGUACCGUCAUGACUAUCUCAGCGGGAAAGGGCUUGGUAGGGGGGUGCGUCCUGCUAUACCUUGGAGGAACAUGCGCGUUCGUGACGCCUGGAUCCCUGGCAAUAAACCACCGCCUGGCAUCACCGACCGCCGCCGCCGCGGGGACGCCCACAACACCCAUCGGAGCAACGUCCCAACAGCGAACAGUGCGCCGCAGGAGGAGGAGAACGCCGUACGCAGCGUCGUCGUCCCCCUCGAUGCUGGACCCGACACGCAGCCAGGCGAUGGUGGCGUUGCCGAGCAGAGGCGUCGGACCCCUGUUGAUGACCAGCGGCGACGGAGAAUCGGGGCCGGGACCCGCCGCCGUUCCCGUGGAUGCCGAGCUCUCGGACCCAGCGGCAGCAGGGGGCGGUGCUGGAGAAGGCGGGGGUGAAGACGCGGUGGGGGACGCGGCCACACGGGCUGCGCUGAAGCAAAAGCUCCUUCGAAAAGUCGCCACCCUCAACAGGGGCUUCGUUGCCGAGGAGUUGGACCGGCUAGACGUGGAGGAGAUAAUCGAGAUGCUGGAGAUGGAGAACCCUAACCCCAAGUCUUGCGAGGGGUUCGAGACGGGGUCGUCUCCUCUCGCCGGACGAUGGCAGCUUCUGUACACGACCUCCCUGGACGUGCUCUCCCUACAGAUCAACCCGGCGGUUACAGUGGGGAAGAUCUUCCAGCAGAUCGAGUCCGACGGACGGUCCAUUCAGAACAUCAUCGAGCUGCAGCCUCCCUUCGCCGCGGUGAACAAGAUCCUCGGGAGCUCCAUGACCACCCUCACGGUGAAACUUGAAACAGAGCCGGUUUCCGACUCCCGCAUCAACCUCAAGUUCGUCAGGACUGAGAUCAAGGCGAACUCCCUCUUCGGGAGAGAGCUCGACCUGCCGACUCUCGGCGUCGACAUCCCUUCCGCCGAGAGGCUCGAGAAGCUGAUUCCCAAAGGAGGCGGCAGCAGCGGCGGCGGGAAGGCCUUGAAGGAGAAGGUCGAGGGCGCCAAGACGAAGGCCAGGCAGCUGGCAGAGAAGCUCAAGGGCAAGAAGAAAAAGUCCGACAACGCCGUGGACGGCGAUGAGAAGAAGAAGGACGACGGCGAGGGUAACUCGUCGGGUGACGGGGAUGAUGUGGCCGAAGCCGCAGACGCAACGCCGGAGGCGGAGGAGCAGAGCGACAAGGAGGAGGCGUCCCCUGCCCCCGGGGAUGAUGAGAAGGCGUCCCCUGCCCCCGGGGAUGGUGAGGAGUCGUCCCCUCUCGCCUCUUCGCUGAGGACUCCUUACUUCGAGAGCACGUAUGUCGACGAGGACCUCAGGGUGGGGCGCACCGGAAACGGUGACGUGUUUGUCUCCAUCAGAGCUUGACAAAUGCCGGACGCUGUUGGGCCCGUUACUUCUACGUUCGGGAGCGCUUUUCCUCGGACGCGUGUCGGCGUAACUCUUCUGUGGAGUUUGGCGGCAGGCGCGCUUGGUGGGGUGAACCUAGCAGCGGACGUGCGUGGGUAGCGGUAAUGUUUGAGUGACACGGGAAAAACUGCUGCGGCAGACAACGUGAUUUGAGACUCGUGCGGAGCAGGCCGCGCCGAAAUGGGUGAGCGGUCCGCGAAUGGCUGUGCUCCGGGCUUUCUAGAGCGAAGAACACCGGAACGAUAGCGUUCUCGGGUAUCCCCACAAUGAACAUGAGUACAGCAUUUCAUUGGUUGCUGAUCUUGCGAAGAAGAUUUGAGCCUGGGGCGAGGAGGCGGGGUGGGGAGGGGAAUGAAAAUUUCCGGUCGUGCACAGCACACUUUGCUUUAAGAGAGUUUGAAUAUGUUACGGUCUGAUGGAAGAAAUCAGUGAGAUUCAUUCGGUCUUCCUCUU